AUGGCGGACGGGUCCCCUCGGCCCCCACUUUAUCGCAGUGUCUCGUUUAAACUGCUGGAACACUGGAGCGGCGGACCGGGGCCGAGGGAGGAGGACGCGGACACCCCUGGGUUGCGGCGCCGAGCUUCGUGCCGGCCAGCCGCGGCAGUCCCGGGCCAGCCCUCCCGGCGCGUGUCCAAGCUGGCGUCGGGGCCCCCGGCCGCCCCCGCGCAGCCGCGCCCGCUCCGCAGCCUCUCGCCAUCGGUGCGCCAGCUCUCCCGGCGCUUCGACGCGGCGCGUCUGGACGACGACUCCACUGGUGCUCCGGACGGGGGCUGCUCCUCCGGCACUACAGAAGAAGCAGCGGAAGGCUCUGAGCGUGGGGCCUGGCCCAGCGUCACCGAGAUGCGCAAACUCUUCGGCGGUCCGAGCUCCAGACGACCCAGUGUAGACUCUGAGGCCCUGGGUUCGACCAGCCCCGACAGAGUUUCAUGGGAGCCCCCAACUCGUGAUCCCCGACAGCCUCCGACGCCACCUCCUCGGACGUGCUUUCCUCUGGCUGGCCUGCGUUCUGCGCGGCCUCUGUCCGGGUCCGGGAUCGAGGGGAGGCGACGUCGGCAGCACCAGCAACAGGAGCGGGCGCAGCGUCCGGCGGAUGGUUUACAUUCUUGGCAUAGCUUCUCCCAACCGCAGGCCGGGGCUCGGGCCUCCUCCUCCUCCUCCAUUGCCUCCUCCUAUCCUGUCAGCCGCAGCCGGGCUGCUAGUUCCAGCGAGGAGGAAGAGGAGGGACUGCAGGCGCAGCUUGGGCCUCAGAGUCCGGCCUACCUUGGCGGCCACUCUUCGGGCAGUGAGGAGGACCCAGAUGGUGAGGAUGGUCGUCGCUGGAGAGGGAGAGGACUCCGGCCUGGAAGCUCCCUGUUGGUUCACGGCUGCAGCCAGGACAGUGACGAGCUAAAUUUGGGGGGCUUGGGAUCAGCAGGGAGUGUCAGGAGCCCCGAACCUCCGACGUCUCCAAGAACCUCUAUGGAGGAGUGGGGUACUGGCACACAGCCCUGCGUCCCAGGUCCCCAGGAGAGCUUAAGGCCUAUGUCCGACACUGGGGGCGCACCUUUCCGUGUGGCUAAGGUGAGCUUUCCUGCGUACCUGGCCAGCCCGGCUGGCUCCCGAGGUAGUAGUCGCUAUUCCAGCACUGAGACCCUCAAGGAUGAUGACCUGUGGUCAAGCCGCAGUUCUGUGAGCUGGGGUGUAUAUCGAUCCCCAAGUUUUGGAACUGGAGAUGGGCUCCUUCUACGGCCCCAGACUAGGUCCCGCAGUAAAGGGCCUGUGGGCACCGCAAGGCCGCUGAGGGAUGGAGGACUGGAGCUAGACAAGAACCGACAACGCAAGUCCCUGUCGAAUCCAGAUAUCGCCUCCGAAACCCUGACGCUGCUCAGUUUCCUGCGUUCAGACCUUUCAGAGUUGAGGGUCCGAAAGCCCAGUGGGGGCCCUGGGAACAGCCCCCUAGAUGGCAGAGACUCACCAUCAGCAGGUAGCCCAAUGGAGCAAACUGAGUCUACGCUGUCCCAAAGUCCAACAUCACCCACCACCCGGCCCACCCUCAAGGACUUGACAGCUACCCUGCGCAGGGCAAAGUCAUUCAGCUGCUCAGAGAAGCCCAUGGCCCGGCGUCUGCUCCGCACCAGUGCCUUGAAGCCUAGCUCCUCAGAGCUCCUACUGGCAGGUUCUGGGGCAGAGGAGGAUCCAUUGCCACUCGUGGUCCAGGAUCAGUAUGUACAGGAAGCCCGUCAGGUUUUUGAGAAGAUACAGCGUAUGGGUGCACAGCAGGAUGAUGGAAGUGAUGUCCGCCCAAGAAGUCCUGACUGGGCAGGGGAUAUGACCCAAGGGCAGCGGUCUCAGGAGGAGCUCUCUGGCCCUGAGUCCAGCCUGACAGAUGAGGGCAUUGGAGCAGACCCUGAACCUCUUGGUGCUGCUGCCUUUCGCAGCCUAGAUCCUUCAGGAGUGUGGAGACCCCUUUCCUCAACUUCAGCACAGACGAACCACCACCGUGGAGCCGGGACAGAAGACAGCCCAGGUGGGAGGGCCCUUGUGUCUCCUGAGACCCCUCCAACACCAGGUGCCCUCCGCAGGAGGCGAAAAGUACCCCCCUCAGGUCCUAAUGGGACUGAAGUAAGUAAUGGGGAGAUGAGUGAGGCAUACAGGUCCCUGAGUGACCCUAUUCCACAGCGUCACCGGGUUGCCUCCUCAGAGGAGCCCUCUGGGUUCUCUGUGGACAGUAAUCUUCUAGGCUCACUGAACUCUAAGACAGGGCUUCCAGUGACCCCAACAAUGGAUGAGGGCCUGACAAGUGGCCACAGUGACUGGUCUGUAGUUAGUGAAGAGAACAAGAACUAUCAGGAAGUCAUUCAGAGUAUUGUUCAGGGGCCUGGGGCCUUGGGGCGUAUGGCAGAAGACAGGGUUGCUGGCAAAACCCCCAAGAAGAAAUCUCUGAGUGACCCUAGUCGCCGUGGGGAGUUGACUGGGCCUGGAUUUGAGGGCCCAGGGGGGGAGCCCAUUCGAGAAGUGGAGCCCGUGCUGCCUCCCUCUAGCAGUGAACCUAUCCUUGCAGAGCAGUGGGCGGAGCCAGAAGACCCCGGUCCUGCUGGGGGCAGGGCACAGUCUGAGAGGUCCCUACCGGUCCCACCUGCUUCCUCCACCGCCCACCAUGACUUCCAUCUUGACCCCAAGCUAACCAAUGUUCUCUCCCCUCGGCUCACCCGCCGAGGCUCCAAGAAGCGCCCAGCUCGGAGCAGUCACCAAGAGCUUCGAAGAGAGGAGGGCAACCAGGACCCGACUGGUAGCCUGACACAAGUUCGGUCCUCCUCCAAACAUGUUCGCCACGCCAGUGUGCCUGCUACCUUUACACCUAUUGUGGUGCCUGAGCCUAGGAGGUCUGUGGGACCCCCUGUGGCUGUACCAGAGCCUGUGGACUUUCCUGUUAGAGGCCAUCCCACGUUGCAGGCACCAUCACUUGAGGAUGUCACUAAGCAGUACAUGCUGACCCUUCACUCUGGUGACUGUCCUGCUCCAGGUCCUGUGGACCUACCCUGCCUGCCUCCCUCUGCACCACCCUCCACUGAGACCAAGCCCUCUGGGGCUGGCAGGGCAACUGCAGAUGAUCCUGCCCCAGUGAGCAAGUGCUGUAGCAAGCCACAAGUGGACAUGAGGAAGCACGUGACCAUGACCCUGCUGGACACGGAGCAAUCGUAUGUGGAGUCACUGCGUACCCUAAUGCAGGGCUACAUGCAGCCCCUGAAGCAGCCAGAGAACUCCUUGCUGUGCGACCCGUCUCUGGUGGACGAGAUCUUUGACCAGAUCCCGGAACUCCUGGAGCACCAUGAGCAGUUCCUGGAGCAGGUGCGGCACUGCGUGCAGACGUGGCACGCCCAGCAGAAGGUGGGAUCCCUGCUCGUGCAGUCGUUCUCCAAAGACGUCUUGGUGAACAUCUACUCAGCCUAUAUUGAUAACUUCCUCAAUGCAAAGGAUGCCGUGCGUGUAGCUAAGGAGGCCAGGCCAGCCUUUCUCAAGUUCUUGGAGCAAAGCAUGCGUGAGAACAAGGAAAAGCAGGCACUGUCCGACCUCAUGAUCAAGCCCGUGCAGAGAAUCCCACGCUAUGAGCUUCUGGUGAAGGACCUUCUGAAGCACACACCCGAAGACCAUCCAGACCACCCACUGCUGCUGGAUGCUCAGCGGAACAUCAAGCAGGUGGCCGAACGCAUCAACAAGGGGGUGCGGAGCGCCGAGGAGGCAGAGCGGCAUGCCCGUGUGCUGCAGGAGAUCGAAGCCCACAUCGAGGGCAUGGAGGAUCUCCAGGCCCCACUGCGGCGGUUCCUGAGACAGGAGAUGGUUAUUGAAGUGAAGGCGAUUGGAGGCAAGAAGGACCGAUCCCUUUUCCUGUUCACAGACCUCAUUGUCUGUACCACCUUGAAACGGAAGUCGGGCUCCCUGAGGCGCAGCUCCAUGAGCCUGUACACAGCAGCCAGUGUCAUUGAUACAGCCAGCAAAUACAAGAUGCUGUGGAAGCUGCCACUGGAAGACACAGACAUCAUCAAGGGGGCAUCUCAAGCCACCAAUCGGGAGACCAUCCAGAAGGCCAUCAGCCGCCUGGAUGAGGACCUGGCGACCCUGAGCCAAAUGAACAAGCUCUCCGAGAGCCUUGGCUUCCCCCACCAGAGUCUUGAUGAUGCACUGAAGGAUCUCUCAGCUGCCAUGCACCGGGACCUGUCAGAAAAGCAGGCACUGUGCUACUCCCUUGCCUUCCCACCCACCAAGCUGGAGCUGUGUGCCACCCGGCCCGAGGGCACUGACUCCUACAUCUUCGAGUUUCCCCACCCCGAUGCCCGCCUAGGCUUUGAGCAGGCCUUUGAUGAGGCCAAGAGGAAGCUGGCAUCCAGUAAAAGCUGUCUGGACCCCGAGUUCCUGAAGGCCAUCCCCAUCAUGAAAACUCGCAGUGGCAUGCAGUUUUCCUGUGCUGCCCCCACCUUCAGCAGCUGUCCAGAGCCUGCGCCAGAAGUGUGGGUGUGCAACAGCGAUGGCUAUGUAGGUCAGGUGUGCCUGCUAAGCUUGAGGGCCGAACCAGACGUGGAGGCCUGCAUCGCUGUUUGCUCCGCCCGAAUUCUCUGUAUCGGAGCAGUGCCCGGCCUGCAACCACGCUGCCCACGAGAGCAGCCAGAGCCCUUGAGGAAUCCCCCAGAGACCGCACUGGAGUCCACUGGGCCAGAGCUAGAUGUCGAGGCCACAGCUGAGGAGGAAGCAGCGACACUGACUGAGCCGGGGCCUCAGCCUUGCCUGCACAUUUCCAUCUCAGGGUCUGGCCUGGAGAUGGAGCCAGGCCCUGCCAAGGGUGACCCCCAGCCCGAGUUGGUACCCUUUGACAGCGACUCUGACGACGAAUCUUCACCCAGCCCAUCCGGGACACUACAGAGCCAAGCCAGCCAAUCUACCAUUUCCUCCAGCUUUGGCAAUGAAGAGACCCCAAGCUCCAAGGAGGCCACUGCAGAGACAACCAGCUCUGAGGAAGAGCAAGAGCCUGGCUUCCUGUCACUCUCCGGCUCCUUUGGGCCAGGUGGUCCCUGUGGUGCCAGCCCAAUGGACGGAAGAGCCCUUCGCCGCUCCAGCCGUGGCUCCUUCACCAGGGGCAGCCUUGAGGACCUGUUGAACGUGGACCCUGAGGCCUACCAGAGUUCCGUGUGGCUGGGCACCGAGGAUGGCUGUGUCCACGUCUACCAGUCCUCUGAUAGCAUCCGAGAUCGCAGGAACAGCAUGAAGCUCCAGCACGCUGCCUCCGUGACCUGCAUCCUGUAUCUGAAUAACCAGGUGUUUGUGUCUUUGGCCAAUGGAGAACUUGUAGUCUACCAAAGGGAAGCAGGGCGUUUCUGGGAUCCCCAGAACUUCAAAUCGUUGACCCUGGGUUCUCAGGGGAGCCCCAUUACCAAGAUGGUGGCUGUGGGUGGACGACUGUGGUGUGGCUGCCAGAACCGAGUCCUUGUCCUGAGCCCUGACACUUUGCAACUGGAGCACACGUUCUACGUGGGGCAGGAUUCCAGCCGAAGUGUGGCCUGCAUGGUUGACUCCAGCCUGGGUGUAUGGGUGACCUUGAAAGGCAGUGCCCAUGUUUGUCUGUAUCAUCCAGACACCUUUGAGCAGCUGGCAGAGGUAGAUGUCACCCCUCCUGUGCACAGGAUGCUGGCAGGCUCAGACGCCAUCAUCCGGCAACACAAGGCAGCCUGCCUGAGGAUCACAGCACUGCUGGUGUGUGAGGAGCUGCUGUGGGUGGGCACCAGUGCUGGGGUUGUGCUGACGAUACCCACCUCUCCGAGCACUGUCAACUGCCCACGAGCACCUCUCAGCCCGGCUGGCCUGUGCCAGGGGCACACUGGCCAUGUCCGCUUCCUGGCUGCAGUCCAGCUGCCUGAUGGCUUCAACCUUCUCUGUUCAACGCCACCCCCUCCCCCAGACACAGGCCCUGAGAAGCUGCCAUCCCUGGAUCACCGGGACUCCCCUCGGCGCCGAGGCCCUGCCUCAGCCAGGCCUAAAAUGCUGGUCAUCAGUGGUGGUGAUGGUUCUGAGGACUUCCGGCUCAGCAGCGGGGGUGGCGGCAGCAGUGAGACCGUGGGCCGAGAUGACAGCACCAACCACCUGCUCCUGUGGAGGGUGUGAGCCUGCCCUCUGUGGCCCAGAACUCACCUGUCCACCUGCCCUCAGCCUGCCUGUCUCUUCCCAGGCCACGUGCAGACCUUGAGCAGAGUGUCCACGCGGGGCAUACCGUGCGGACUCUGUCUCAUCUUUGUGGAAGCAUUCCUGGUAGAACAGCACCAGCUAGGCCGAGGCCUCUCUUACCCACUGACUACCCUAGCGCUCCCACUAGGAGCAGGGUGGGGAUGUGGGGGCUGCCCAGGACCUCUGACCCUGAAGCUUCUACCAAAGACACAGCUGGGCCUGGACCCCACAGGGCUGGGGAGGCCGUGUGCAAUAUAUGAAGAGCGCUCUGGGGCAGUGGGAAGGAAGGCUAAGGGGCGGCACUGCACCCUUCCCUGUGUACAGUAUUUAUGUUACUUUUCAGAUGAAUACUUUCCAAAGCACUUAUUUAUGCAGUGACCUAGGGCAGGACAUGAUGUGAGGAGGAGAAGACAGAAGGAUAAAAGUCUGUUCCUGCCUGAGAGGCCACCGUGGAGCCCUAACCAGGCUGUCCUGGAAGGACCAAUGCCCAUCUGUUACACACACACACACACACACACACACACACACACACACACACACACACCCCACUCAACACAUUCACACUCACUCUGCAUGUUCAGGGCACUAAGACACUGUCCCUUAACAUAAACUCCAGCCCUCGCUGAUGGGGCUGCCCAUCCUAGUCCAGAAGGGAAGUUUGCUCAGUUACUCUCACUGGGGAGCUUCCCGGGGCUUAGCAUUUCCAAGGUGAUGCCUGAGGUUCCUUAAUGUGGGAGCAUCGGUAGGUCUGGGACAGGGCUUUCUCAGGUAAGAGAAAAGGGCCUUCAGUCCUCGCAGCUGGCUCAAGCCCCAGCUCCUGCCUCCCCAUGUCUCAUGCACUGGCACGAUGGUCACCUUGUGGGUGGGCCUACGAGUCCCCUUUCUCUGACCACUGAAUUGAGUCCCUCUCUAAACAUCCACCCUGCCAAGGGCAGCCCCUUCAGGAAGGACACCCCACCCCUACCUGCCGAGUUGAGGGGCUAGGCAUAGCCUUUUCAACUGGGAAGGCUAGCCCUCACCGCCAGGCUGCAGGGAGCCAGCCACCCUGACCCUCAGCCCUUUGCUUCAGCUACAACUCCAAAGGUCUGGUUUCAGAUAGGGUUUAUUUGUUCUGUUUGAUUUUGUUUUUCUUUGGGGCGGGUGGGUCAUUGUGGUCUUAGAUGAUGUUUCUCUUGCUACCAAACAGCCAUGUAUUAACUCUCCUCGGAUGGUGAAAUUUAAAGAGUCAAUAAAUAGAAACACCAAAUGAUGGCUCCCCCCGGCCCUGGCCAUCAUGGCUUUCUGCCAGCUGUCUCCCCAAGGACGAGGGCUUCCUGACUCUGACUCACUUGGACCAAAGGGAGGCGAUAAAGAAGUCCUGGGGUGAAGGGGUUGACACUGACUUGGGCAGGUCGUUGCCCCUGUCUGGGCUUCAGUCUCCUCACUAGAAGAACUAGGAAUCUUGACCAUUAGAACUCCUUACGAAUCCUGUGCACAUCAAUAGUGCGUCAGCCUAGAGCUUCCAAGUCAGCCUAGGUUUGGGCUUGGAAGUCUGAAGCAGACAUGGUACUGAAAUGGAGCCAGGGGAGUAGAGUUCCUGUCUAAGGCUCCCGUGGAGUAGAACUACCGCCCACGUCUGGCUGAUUCGGGUCCAAAGAGCUGUGUCACUAAACUAGACUGCAAAGAAUUGAAAUGCCCAGCCACAUGAGGCACUCUCUAGGGACAAAGAGCUCCUCACAGCACGGUGUCCCCAUGGGACUCAAAGUGGCCCUCACAACAAAGGGCAGGUUAGGCCUCUCUGCUCAGUUCAACCCAGAUGACUGCCUUAAGAAUUCAGUUUCUUUGACUGGAACAGUAAUCGUUUAGUGAUUAAGAGCACUGACUGCUCUUCGAGAGGACCCAGGUUCAAUUCCCAGCACCUACACAGGAGCUCACAGCCAUCUCUAACUCCAGUCCCAAGGGAUCAAAUGCCCUCUUCUGGCCUCCAGGGGUACUGUAUGUAUAUGGCCACAGUCCUCCAGGCAGGCAAAAUACCCAUACACACAAAAUAUCAAAUUUUCAAUAAAAAACUGUUUCUGUGCUGAACGGAUAGUUCAGUUAACAGAUGGUAUGCUUGGCAUGUGGGAAAACUGAAGCAGGGUGUUCUUGUUCAAAGCCAGCUUAGAGCAGGUAUGUGCCUAUAAUCCUAGCGCUUGGGAGUCACUAACCAGUGCAUCUCUGAAUUCGAGGCCAGCCUGGUCUACCUAGCAUGUUCUAGGUAAGCCAGUACUGCAUGGUGAGACACCCUUCCCCAUUCCAAAACAAAAUGAUCUACAUGGCAAGACAUACACACAAAAAGGAGAAAAAGGGAGAAAGAAAGUGUAGGUGCGAGCUUUAUAACUCACACGCGUCCCUCAGGGAUCUGCUGGCUCUUCACAGGACGUGUGUAGGACAUCUUGGAGCGUUUUCAUGAGAUGGUUGCACUUGUGUAGAAUUCAGGAUGAAAUGGAAGGAACACGGGCUUUGCAUGGAACAGCUUCUGUUUGGAAUCUUGACUGAUACCAGCCAUCUGACCAGCCUGAGUCGUUUCCUUCUCAAUAAUGGAGUCUGAUAACCUCUUCUACCCUACAGGGUGGUUGACUAGUGUAUAUAGUUCUUGGGAUGCAAAGAGGUCCAUUCUGGCCCUAAAAUCAGAAGGGUGCGUGCGUGCCCGCAACUGGAGACCUGAGCUAGCCAACAGCCCAGUGAUCAAUUGAGGGGUUGACAGCCCACCUCAGGCUCCUCCCUGCUACUAGUCCAGUUAUUUGCAUUUCUGUCAGUGGCUGUCUCCCUCAGUGCUUCAGCCAUUUCUGCUACUCCAGGACAGAGGCCAAAGCAGACUUCAUUUUCAGGACUAGACACACAGGGCUGGGUCUGCACCCACCUCCCCCAAUAAGUGCCUCACUGGGAAUAGGGCUGGCACAUUGCACUGCCUCUGAGAAGACCGCCUGCCAGGGCAUGGGCUGGCUUGGGGACAGGUGCCCUUCUGAGUCAGGUGCUCAGCUCGUGCCAGUUUGCUGUGAGUAGGGCAAUCUUGAGGAAACAGGCCUCAGGCUCAUCCCAAAGGGAGGCUCCUGGAAAAAUUGCAACCUGGGCUGUUCAUUAUAGUUCUCCAGGGGUGCAGGCUCACUGAAGGCCAAUUAAGUUAAAACCUUAGCUAGGACCAGGUACCAGUAUUCUUAUAGGAAGCCACUGGUAUAUAACAGGUGUCUGAGAAAGUGCACAAACCAGUGUACAGCUCGGUGGAUGUAUAUAAAGGCCAAGAGGCGUCCAUCACCCCAACAGUUUUCCUUAUGCUCGUAGUCACCCGGGCUGGAGACACCAUGGGGUGUGGUUCCCCAGGCAGCAUAGAGAACAGCCUUAAAGGGCAUGAUUGUGGGUGAGAGGAAGCUGGACCAGGGUCUCUGUGAAGCAGGAACAUGCAAGGAAGGGCGUAAUGUGCAGGCGGGGGUAGCAUGCAAGGAGGGGUGCGAGAGCCCAUGAACGAGGGAAGGCUGGAGGGCAGGAUGAACACGCUGAGGGCAGGGCUCUGCUUCAUCCCUAAGCCCACUUACUGUAACACAUCAUACAAUAAGUGCUCGAGAAAUGUCGGGUUCCUGUUUAAUGAAAUAAACGUUGGAGAAUCCAGUUGA